AUGGAGAUGAUGAAGACGGGGGUGUGGUGGGACAUGGACACCUGUCUGCUUCCCCAAGGGUUUGAUCCUUAUAAGGUCCGUCAGAGGAUAGAAUCGGCGUUGGAAAAGCACCUUCCUUUCACCAGCUCUGCCAUUGGUGACGUUCCUUUCACCAUCUCUGCCAUUGGUGACCUAAGUCGCAUCCCUGAAACCGACUUGGAAGCGAUCUUAUCCACUGGGUUCGUGUCUAAGUGGGCGUAUUUUCCAGGUCCGGUGGGUAUUAUGCAUGAUAUGUAUAGGUGGGCAGAGAAUCAUCCACCACCGGCUAGAGUAAUUCUUAUAUCCGAUCAUGAAGACAAGUUUGUGGAAAGGGCGUUCUUCGACUCGUUAUUAGGCGAGGAGUUCAAGAUUAUCCGUGCAUAUACAAAAUUUCCGAAGCCUGACUUUUUAAAUUUGGAUUCAGCUACCAGUCAGGAGAUAAAAAGCUCGAUUGAGGAGUACUACUGUGAAACUGGUUGGCUUUGCUACACAUGCAUCGAUUCUAUCCACACUUUUGCUGGCGAAAGCUUUGAAAGUUUAAACAGGCAUCUCAAGAGUGAAGAACAUAGGCAUCUCAAGAGUGAAGAACUGAGAAUUCUAGAAGGUAAAGAGGGAGACUCCUCGUCUCUACCUGUGAAGACGGCGGUGUGGUGGGACAUAGACACCUGUCUUCCCCAAGAGUAUGCUCCUUGUCAGUUCCGGCAGAGUAUAGAAUCGGCGUUCAAAGAAUUCCUUCCUAUGACCAUCUCUGCCAUUGGCAACCUAAAACGCUUCCCUCAUACCCUUGUAGAACCCUUCUUAUCCUGUGGAAUCUCUAUGAAACAUUCCCCCCACGGUACGUCAUCCAUAAUGAUGGAAAUGUCUACGUGGGCACGUGAUAAUCCACCUCCAGCAACUUUAAUUCUCAUAUCCGAUCGGGAAGAGGAAUUUGUUGAAAGUGGUGUACUCCCCUCGUUUAAGCACCGUGGAUACACGAUCGUUCGUGCAUUUCAAAAGCAUCCGAAAGUUUCACCCAUUUACGCUGCUCAAACGAUCCUUUUGGAUUACUUAUUGCCAGCUUGGUAUGAGGUUACUGAUCAUGAGGUUGAGGACAAGUGCAGUGCAACUGCUUGGCAUUGCGACUUGUGCAUAAGUUCUGGCCUGCCUUUUGCUGGCGAAACACUUGAAAGCUUGAUCAGGCAUUUCAAGACUCCAGAUCAUUUAUUUCAAGAGUUGAUGCUUAAGUGUUAUGAAGCGGAAGCCUCGACUCGAUCUAGGAAGAUGGGGGUGUGGUGGGACAUCAGUACCUGUCAGGUUCCCCAAAAGUUUGAUCCUUGUAAGGUCCGUCAGAAACUAGAAUCAGCGUUUUCACACUGCCGUCCUACCACCGUCCUUGCCUUUGGCAACCUAGAACACAUCUCCCCUAGCGUCCUGGAAGCGAUCUCAUCCACUGGAAUCAUUCUGAGACACGUCCAAGAAGGUCAAAUGAAAUCCAUUUUUCUGGAUAUGAAGAGGUGGACAGGUAAAAAUCCACCUCCAGCGACGUUAGUUCUCAUAUCCGAUCGUGAAGAGCACUUUUUUGGAAGUGGGCUACUCCCCUCGUUUGAGGAGCGUGGAUACACACGAUCAUUCGUGCGUUUCAAAAGCAUCCAGAAGUUUCACUCCAUUACGCUUCUCGAACGAUCCUUUGGGAUUACUUAUUGCCAGGGGCUGAUGUCUAUGUCUAUAGACCCUUGCUCUUCUGGAGAGGAAGAGGCCUCGACUCAAUCUAACUAG